AUGGAAAUAGACGAUCCAGAGUAUCCUAAUAUUGACAUAGGCUCUAUUAUUGGUCCUAAAAAGAACGAUACGUCCAAGACAUUGAUCAAACAAACUCUUUUGCAUUCGCCAAUAUUUACCAAUAUUAUUCCAGAUUUCCACGUACAUAUCGGCAAGCGCUUUCGAGGACUUCCCAGCGUAACAGUGAACGAUGAAGGAGAACAAUACAUGUGUCCACAAGAAGAGGACUCGCAAUUUGAUGUAUUUAGUGACGAUGAUGAUUUGCUAUUCAACAUUGGUGAAACACCGCCAACAGACACAGUGAAAAGCGGUAGUUUAGGGCCAAAUGCCGCUAUAAAAUUGAAAUCAAUACGGGUCAUUAUGAAAACGACAUCGAUGCUUGUUAACGAUGUGGAGUUUUCUUUCAGUGCACCCAUAAGGUCGUCAUGCAUUCUUAGAGGAGUUAUGGACGGUAAGAACCAAGAAGAGGAUUCUUUGAUGGUAUCGUUGAAGUCAGGCUUUUUGUUCUUGAUAAGGAUUUAUUAUGUCCCUAGACAGUACAAAGAUACUGAUUAUGAUAUACAGGGACAAAACCAAUCAGACGAAUCAUGCAUUUUUAAGCCAUUCAUUGUUCAAUGGUGGGACACAUCAAGCGAUUUGCCUGUACCUGCGCUCGAAUCUUCGGGCUAUUCAUUAUUUUCUCAUGCCAGUGGUUUAUCAGCUGUAUCGACUUCUGCUAGUAGUGUCUUUCGAAUCUAUAAUUGUCAACAUACGGAUUCAGGAAUAAUGUUUAUGCCACAUUUUAAUGUUCCAGUCGAUGGGCUCCUAUUGCACUCUUGCUUUGCGGAACCUUUAAACAAUAGCAUCGUUGAUAAUCAUAUUAUGUUUCUAAUUAUGUCAUUUACCGAAUCUCGAAGACUAGAAUUAAAUUUAUAUGGGUGGACCUUAGGAGAGACAAUCAACAAUAAUUUAGCUAAAACUGCUUUACCGUUGGACAACUCUUUUGAGAUCCCUAUAUUUAUUAUAUCCUUAAAGAAUAAUGAUAGUUUCUUAUUUGUAAAAGAAAAAGAGCUAGUUAUUAUAACUGUUCAUGAUAUUAUGUCUGCUAACUAUGGAUUUACUCGAGUACCAUUUACUGGAACUUUUCCUACAAAUUAUUAUCGACCAGUUACACGAAUAUGUUCUCAGAUGGGCCCGAAAACAGACGAAAUUAUACUUUCUACUGAGAACGGAGUUAUGUACUCUAUAGUCACAACAGAAAACAAUAUCCAAAUACGUCCAAUAAUUCGAGUAUCAGAUCCCAUAUCAGUUUUUUCUUUGGAAAAGGUUGAAAAUGAGUUUAACUUGAUAUUUGGUAGUGAUACUGGCUCGAGUAGAGAAUUAUACAUUACGGAGUUAUUUUCUGAGGAAUACAUACAAGAGUUAAGUACGCAAAAGCCCAACUAUAGUAAUGUACAGUUAAUAACUGACUUUAAAAAUUGGACUCCAGUAUUGGAUGUUCUGAUCAUUGACUCGUAUAAGUCUAGAACUAUAAAUAAUAGAUCAGAUCAAGAAUUGUGGGCAUUAACUGGAAUAGGUAGAAGAAGUAGACUAACACAGCUCAGAAAUGGAUAUAAUGCAACAAGAAGAAGUAAAACCUAUGAACAAUUGCGUAAGACUGAUCAAUUAUAUUUCAUUACGUUAGGAAGUAAAUUUUACUUAUUUUGUUCUUUACCAUUUGAAACAAAAGUAUUAGAAUACCAACCUCAUGAAGAUGAAUAUCUUGUCGAAAUAGAGGAUGCUGCAAUAGAUGCGUCUAAUUUUUCUUUAUUCGUUGGGAAUAUAUCCCAAAACCAAGAUAUUUUAAUCCAAAUUUCCCAAUGCUCUAUUACACUCACAAACUUGUUUGAUUUGAGCUUAACCUCACGGCUCGAGAAUGAAAGAAUUCUAUUCUGUGAUAUGCAGAAUGGUCUCUUGGCUAUGAUAUUGGCGAGUACGAUUGAAAAAAGAAUGUCUUUAAGGUUAUUCAAGGUAAAUAAUGAGGUUAAUUUCAAUUUAAGUUUGGAAGAUAGUGGAGCGCUUGAUUUAGUUUGGUCAUUGGACAUUAAUUAUGAACCUUCCAUGGUCAGGUUAAUCGACUUAAAUACGUCAAUAUGUAUUAUUGCAGGAAGUUACGACGGUUCUCUUUUUGUUUAUCAGCUUGGUCUGGAACUCCAGAUUUUAGAAUAUAAGGAAUACGUGUUAGAUGACUUUAAUCCUUACAAGAAUAAUGGUCUUCGAGCAAACUUUAUAAUUCCUCAUGAUUCUGUCCAAAGUUUAAGUCCAAGGACAAAUUUGUAUGUUGGGUCCAAAGAUGGUUAUUAUAUCCAUUUUCUUAUUGAUACAAACCUUUCCCUUAGAUGCAUGAGCUUUCUUAAAAUUGGUGACACGCCUGUUAGAUUCCAGGCUGUUCAUAAUGAGAGUAAAAUGGUUUUCAUUCUUUCGAGAUGUCUCUGGUUAUUAAACUUGUAUGACUCAGAAUUUCCCUUCCAAGUUUAUUUCGAUGAAAGGCAUGAUAGAUCAAUUUCUACAAUGAUACAAUUACCAAAUUUUGGACUAGGAAAUAAUGCGGUUGGUGAAGAGGCGAAAUAUUUUGGAUUUGUUAGAGAAGAAGGGUUUACAAUUGGUUCUGUUCAUCCAUUUAAGACGCCAAAUAUUAGGCAAAUAAACAUAGCAGAAUCUGCCAGAAAGCUCACAUAUUUACCUCAUAUUUCCACGUUUGUAGUAUUGUGCAAUUCUAAAGAUCCAAAAGUACGAUUGAAGUUUGUCGAUAGAAAAGUUUUGAAAACCCUACAACAUCAUGAACUAAAUUCGAGGUUAAAGGAUUUAGAUCUGAAUGAAUUCAUAUUUGGUGCAGAUGAAAUACCAACAACGGCUUGUAUCUGGUCUAUUAAGAGACAAGAUAGAAUAUCCAAAAAGUUGUUAAUAGGAAGCGCCGUUAACUCUGCGGGAUCGUUUAAAGUUUUAGAUAUAAUAAAAGCUCAAGAUUCGAGGGAAAGUCCAAUAUAUAUUCGUGUUGCAGAGCUCACUUCCUUUGAACAUAAAGAACCCAUUACCCAUAUUCAACAAAUAGAAUCGUCAAUAUUGUUCUCCAGUGGUAGUACUAUUUAUUCAACUACAUAUGAUAUUGACGAGAGACGGUUGAAGCCAGUUUCUGCACUUGUUACUCUUACUAGUGACAUUAUUUCAUUAUCUGUUGAAAAUAGUAAUAAGCUUCUAGUGACGACGAAAUUAGAUUCGAUUUUUCAGUUUCUUUAUAGCAAGAGUGUUGAUCGGGAUUCAGAUAUAUUGAAGCUUAUAUAUAAGGAUCCAUCACCAAAAAGCAUUGUUAACCAGACCGAAUUGAAUGAAAACAUUAUUGCAGGAGACAAAUUACAUUCAUCAAUAUUAAUUAUGAAUACAAACGAUAGCAAUUUAAAGAAUCUAUUUUCUUAUAGAAUGUCUAGUAUCCCUAGAGUUUAUGCUUCAAAGUUUAAUUCUUAUUGGGUUAAUCAUGACGUAUCUGAAGGAUCAAAAGUGAAAAGUGAUAAUUCGAAUAUACUAUGCGUAGGAAUUAAUGGUGAAAUUACAUCAAUUCGUUUACCUUCAAGUGCAUGCGACGAAUUAAGUGACCUUUCAACGUCGUUGAAUACCGGAAAACUGAUUGAUGGACUGAUUGAAUCCUUUAUUGAAGUUUUGAACAGACCAUUUACCGAUAAGGUUACAGGAAAGGGCCUAAGCUCUAUUAACAAGCCAUAUUUUAACUAUAAAGACAAUAAGGGUAAGCUAAUAGAUUACGAUUUAGACGAGAUAUCAAAAUUAUGCAAUAUCAAUGUAUCUAUUUAG